AUGUCUCAGCCAAACAACCGCAACAAACGAUUCCUUGGACCACUCGUCGCCAUCGGAACCGGCAUUGCUGUCGGAACCGGAAUUUUUAACACAAUACAAAUGACCAAAUUAAAUUCACAACUUUCCACCGUACAUCACCAAACAAAACAAAUAGCCCGUAACCAACAACAGCUUCAUGACCAAGUCCAACACCAAGCAACAAUUUUAGCAGAUAUACAAAAAGCGGCAGAAGAAUCACUUAAAUACACUAGACACUUCUUUCAACAAAUCAUCAAACUUCAGGAACUCGCGGAGCAG